AUGCCAGAGAUGACAGACCCGAAGCAGAUGAGAGAAGCGACAAGGUCGUACUUGGGCAAGACAGAAGCUUACGGGCCUCUCUUGGAGAAGCAGGAAGCCAAGACAGUGUCUGGUGGCACGGUGGCUUUUUGGCUGGUGAAUGUUUUCAGCUUGCUGGAUGGGAUUUGCCGUGCCGGUGGUGCUUUCUACGAUUUGCUUCGGAGCUGUGCAGAGAAAGCCGGCGGAAGAGCACUCCGAUUCGCGAUCUACUCAGACGAGGUAAUCCCAGGCAAUGUCCUUGCAGCCCGAACCUCCAGGAAGAGCUGGUGCAUCUAUCUCUCAUGCAUAGACUUCCCUGCUCAAGUGCUUGCGAUGGAAGAGGCCUGGCUCACCAUCGCACUCCUCAGGAGCUCUUUUGUGGCCUCGCUGGAGGGAAGCAUCAGCCAGAUCUUCAAAAUCAUCUUUCGCAGUAUCUUCUUGCACUCUAAGCAUGACCCGGCGGCAGGUGUUUGGAUGCAGGUGCCGAAGGGCGGGUUUCAUUUGUCAUUCGAGCCAAGCAUGGUAAUACAAGACGGAGCAGCUCACAAAUUCGCUUGGAGUGUGAAAGGUGACUCGGGUUCGAAGUAUUGUUUGUUGUGUGGCAAUCAGCGAGCCGACAAUCGCAACGAAGAGAAGAUCCCCAAGCAUGCACAUGCUGACUUGCAUUUGGUUUCGGAUGACGAUAUUUGGGAUUCUUGGUCGAGGCUCGCCGACCUGAAGGGCCGGUGUUCAGCCAAAGACUUUGGCAUGUGGCAGCAAGCCACUGGGUGGACCUUCAACACAGAAAGCAUUUUUUCGGAGCCUCUGCUGAGGAGGGUGGUCAAACCAGCAACCGUGUUCGUGCACGAUUGGAUGCAUUGCUGCUUGAGUAAUGGAACAUUGAAUGAUGCGACCUGGUUACUUCUCAGUGCCACGAAGGACCAUGGCUUCAAGGAUGUUUUUGCCAAUCUGGAGAAAUACGUGGAUCUGUGGACACAGCCGGCUUCCUUCGCACACGUAAAGCUGAAGCAAGUCUUCGAGAACAAGCGGAUGAAAUCCCGUAGAGAAGCGGGGAAGUUCAAAACGACAGCUUCCGAAAUGCUCAGUUUGCUGCCGGUGCUCGCCUUUUUCGUCCGAACCUGCAUCCUUGACAAAGGCUUCCUACCAUCCGAGUGCGAAGCUUUUUUGCAGAUGUGCCUUAUGGUGGAACUAUUGCAGGCCGCCUGCCAUGGGCAUGGUUGUGUGCUUCCAUCCAUGUUGCGAGAGGCCGCCGACAAGUGCAUGAGCUCUUGGUUCGAAACGGGCUGGGGGGAGCACGUAACCCGCAAGAUGCACUGGUUGCUGCAUAUGGGUGACCACUAUGAAAAGCACAAGAGGCUGCCUGCUACAUUCAGCAUGGAGCGGAAGCACAGGACAAUCACCAGAUAUGCAGCAUCCAUCCAGAACACCAGCACUUUCGAGCGAUCCCUCUACGAGGAAGUGCUUGCCCAUGAGCUGUGGCACUUGGAGAAGUUGCCCGAGUUUCCGGUCGCCCUCGCUCUGGAAAACCCACGGCAGAAGCCCCCCACCAAGCUCAGGGAUCUGGUGCUCCAGAGCUUCCCACAAGUCUCCAAGGAUGACCUGAAGAUCGCAACGAUUCUACGGCUUCCUGGUGGUGGGUUGGCAAGCAAGGCAGACGUGUGUUUGCUGCAAGCAGACAAAGGGCGGGACCCUCCUUGGGAUUGUGCCGAAGUUUUUUGCCAUGUUUCCGUGCAAGGCACAUUGUGGUCCGUGGUCUCCCUUUGGAGCUUGCAGGAGUACAACAAGGACAAGCACUGUGCAGUGUGGACCGAGAUGGAGCAGCCUGUGAUUAUCGAGAGCAAAGACAUCCUGACACCGGUGGUCUAUUUGAGAGACACGAAUUGUGUCCGCACUUUAAUCCCUUUGCACCUCCGUAGCUGA